AAUUCUUCAAGUUUUUUUUGCCUCUUCUUGUGCGCUAUAAUGUAACACAAAUAACUGCUAAUUCUAAUAAUAAAGAAAUAUAAAGGGAAAAAAUUAACAUAUGACGUUUAUUUAAUUGUAAUCAACAUUUUACGGUGAAAAUAAGAGAAAAGGUUAAACUAGGUGGGACAAUAACCGAUCUAAAUUUAAAUGGGUUGAACCAAUUGGAUAUGAUAUUGACACCUUCAUAGAGUUUGCUAUUUUACCUCAAAUAUUAGAGUAAAACAUUCCAGGAUAGAAGUGUAAAUAUGGAAUUAUCGGGGGAGCAAUAGAGCUAGUUACUGUUUUUGCAACAAAACCCAUUGCCACCUCUCUAAAACCGUAGUACCUUCAAUAGCAUAGGCAUACAGAGAAGGAAGUGAGGAGCUAAACCCUCUCUUACAGCUUCUUCCGUUUUCUCCCAUUUGUUUUUUUGGCCAAAGAAGAUGUUGGUAUUGUUUGAAACGCCGGCAGGCUUUGCCCUUUUCAAAGUUCUGGAUGAGGGAAAACUCUCCAAAGUUGAGGAUUUGUGGAAGGAGUUCUCCUCAACUGAUUCUGCCAGAAAAGUUGUGAAGCUAAAAGCUUUCUCUAAGUUUGAGAACACCUCAGAAGCUCUAUCAGCAGCUACGCUGUUGAUAGAUAGCAAGCCCAGCAAAGGACUGCGCAAGUUCUUGAAAGCGCAUUGUGAUGGUGAAACUUUGGGGGUUGCUGAUUCAAAGCUUGGAAAUGCAAUUAAAGAGAAACUGCAAAUUGAUUGUGUUCAUAAUAAUGCUGUCAUGGAAUUGAUGAGAGGGGUUAGAAGUCAGUUGACUGAGCUCAUUUCUGGUCUUGCGUAUCAAGACUUGACUCCAAUGAGCUUGGGUUUAUCUCACAGUCUUUCAAGAUACAAGCUAAAGUUUAGCCCUGACAAGGUGGAUACAAUGAUUGUACAGGCCAUUAGCUUGUUGGAUGAUCUUGAUAAAGAGCUAAAUACAUAUGCCAUGAGAGUCCGAGAGUGGUAUGGUUGGCAUUUUCCUGAGCUUGAAAAGAUUGUUCAAGAUAACAUUCUUUAUGCCAAGGCUGUUAAGUUGAUGGGUGACCGUACCAAUGCUGCAAUGCUAGAUUUCUCUGAGAUACUGCCUGAAGAGGUUGAGACAGAAUUGAAAGAGGCAGCCAUGAUCUCUAUGGGCACUGAAGUUAGUGAUCUUGAUCUGGAGAAUAUUAAAGAUUUAUGCAGCCAAGUUCUGUCAUUCUCUGAGUACAGAUCUCAGUUAUAUGAUUAUUUGAAGAGCAGGAUGAACACCAUUGCCCCAAAUCUUACGGCUCUUGUUGGAGAACUUGUUGGAGCUAGACUUAUUGCUCAUGGUGGUAGCUUGUUAAAUCUUGCGAAACAACCUGGAAGUACUGUUCAGAUACUUGGUGCUGAAAAAGCUCUUUUCAGAGCUUUGAAGACAAAGCAUGCAACUCCAAAAUAUGGGCUUAUAUAUCAUGCAUCUUUGAUUGGACAGGCAGCAUCAAAAUACAAGGGUAAAAUAUCAAGAUCUCUUGCUGCAAAAACUGCUUUGGCGAUUCGAUAUGAUGCUCUUGCAGAUAGUCAAGAUAAUACCAUGGGUUUGGAGAAUCGGGCCAAGCUUGAUGCACGCUUAAGAGCCUUAGAAGGCAAAGAGUUGAGAAAAUCAGCUGGGUCCGGUAAGGGCAAACCUAAGAUCGAAUUUUAUGACAAGGAUCGUAAAAAGGGACUGACAGCACCAGCUAAGGCUUACAAUCCUUCUGCCGAUUCUGUUAUGUGCCACAUUGAGAAUGAUGACAAAAAAAGGAGCAUAGAUGAACAGCCAUCUCAAACUCAGGAAGAAUCGGUUGAAGAAGCCCCUGUUACUGAAUUAGAGAAGAAAAAGAAAAAGAAGAAGAAAUCUGCUGAAACAGAGGAUACUGUUGUAGUAGCUGAUGGUGCAGAACCUGAAGACACUGGGAAGGAGGAGAAGAAGAAAAAGAAGAAACAUGCAGAUAUUGAAGUAGAAAAUGUAGAAAUGGAACAAAGUAAGAAAAAGAAGAGGAAACAUGCUGAUGCUGACGAGGAUGAAACAGAAACCACGGAUAAAAAGAAAGAGAAAAAGAAGAAGAAAACUGAAGAGUAAGUGUCCCAGAGGAGACACUAUUAGUAUGGACAAUUUUGGUAUUGGGCAGUGGAUGGCGUAUUUAAGUUGUUCAAUGAUGUCAUUAUUCAAUUAUUAUUGCUUUGUAAUGCAACCUAGGAUUCUGUUUGUUGACAGCAGAUGCUUGGAGUAUGCUUUUAUUCCUACCGUGGAUGCUUUAUCCUUCUUUGGAAUUUUUGUUAUGCUAUUUUACAUGUUUUAAGCCA